GUUUCCAAAUACAUAGAUAUAAUAAUGGGAGAAUUCUGGAAAUAUGAUAAAGACAAUAUGUCAUAAGUAGAAAUGUAAAUAGACUUCCACUCAAAAUUUAUUCAUUCAAGGAAACAUGCAAUUAAUAGACACAAUGAAGUUUUAAGAUGCCAUCUCCUGCAUUGUGUGUGUAAUCUUUUAUUUCUCUCCCAUUUCCAAAGGCCAAAAAACUCUCUUCUCUCUGUUUUCUGCAACUUGCUGAUGAUCAAAUCAUGAGUAACACCAUCAAUGAGUAUCCUAAUUUCUUCAAAGUCUUCCUUCCAGAAAAACACUCUGACAGAAUGCUUAUUCCAGUUGCUUUUGUGAAGCUAAUGAUUUCAAAACAAAAGGUAUUGAGAGAUUAUAUCUUCAGAGAUCAAAGAGGAAGAGAUUGGAAAGUCAAAGCACGACCUAUUGGCGGAAAGCUUUAUUUUGAUGAUGGUUGGAAGCGAUUCAAAGAUGAAAAUUCUUUAGAGCAGAAUGACUUCAUUGUUUUCACACAUAUUGAAAACAAUGUAUUCAAGAUUAAAGUUCUUGAACUGUCAUCUGGGUGUGAAAAGAAUAACGUAAUGGAUGAGGAGGAAAAGAAUGAUGAUAGUAUGGGAGAAGUUGGUGAUGGACAUGAUGAUGAUGAUGAUGAUGAUGAUGAUGAUGAUGAUGAUGAUUAUGAUGAUGACGAUGAAGAUGACGAUGAAGAUGACGAUGAAGUUAGUAGAAAUGAAUAUCAACAUUGUAGAUUCUGCAAAGCAUGGGGCAUCGGGAGCAGCUCUACGGUUCGAAAACAUGAAACCGAUGAAAUAGAUGCUGAAAUGUAUAUUCAGCCUGGAAAUCCCUACUUUUUUGCAAAAUACUAUCAUUACAGACCCAACGAAUUGCAUAUUCCAAAAAAGAUUAUUAAGGAUUUUUGCCUCUGCUUCACAAAACAUAUCAACAUUGUAUGUUGCCAAUGCAAGGAUAUUGAAAGCAAUGAAAUAGCAUCCUAUCAUGAGAUGUUGCCAACAAUGAGCACAAAACAUAGGAAAAAGAGAGGAGAAAUACGUACAUGGAUAAAUGGCCGAGUAUUUGUGCUAGGAUGGGCUGAAUUUUGGGCUAAGUGUAAGGUCAAAGAAAAUGAUAGCUGCUUGUGUGAAAUUGUGUUGCAUGAGGAGAAAGCAAUAGAAAUGAUAAGGGUGCAUGUUGUUAGGAAGGUUGUGAAGGAAUGAAGCAAGGAGGCACAGUAGUAGUAAUGUUAACUUAAAACUUGUCUGAUUCUGUUUGUGUUAUGAUUACAAUGAAAAACAAUACUGCACAAUAGUUGAAAUGUUAUUGCUUAUUAUGCUAAUCAGAAUGAAAUUUGGGUCCCUUUUAGUAUUGGGUUAGAAGUCAA